CUCCUUUUCAGCGGCUGUUUCGUUCCUUCCUUUCCUUUCCUUCUUUUCUUUCUUCGGAGGGUCUUCUUCUCCCGUUAUUAUUAUUAUUAUUAUUUAUUGGAAGAUAUUAAGCACUGAUUUUUUCACAAUUUUUUUUUCACUAUUUAUUUUUUCACAAUUUUUUUUCACUAUUUAUUUUUUCACGAUUUUCACCUCCACAAACAACACAACAGCAUGGCCAUUUCGUCACGUUUGGCUCUCUGGGAGCAAAAGAUCAAGGAAGAAGACCGGAGCCCGCCGCCGACUUCUCCGCCUCCCAUUUUCUCAGUGAUUCCCGGCGGUUUCAUUAAGCAACUCGUUCGUGAGACAGAGAAAGAGUCCAAAGAAGCGAAGCUCAAGGAGAAAAUCCCACUGAAUUCUAAAGAAGAUCCUCCAGGGAAGGUGGACGAUGGCUCUGUGAUCAAGGACACCACCAACUUGUUGGAAGCUGGGCAAGGGAUGGCCAACAGCAAAGGUCAAGGGUCGCUGGUCCAGGGCUGGUUGAACGGCGAAGGCGAAGGGAUGGCCGAAAUCCCAGAGCGGAAGAGAGGAGCCGGUUCGAGGAUCGCGUCGCCGACCUCUCCUUCCGAUCCCUCCCAACUUCCCAGGACGUCCUUCUCACCCGAAGGAGGGAAAAAGGAUUUGGAGAAGGUUCCGGAAGCAGGGAAGAAGACCCACCACCCAACGCCGUGGAGCAAACAACGCUUGGAGAGCCUCGGAAAAGAGAACGUGAAGACGAGGGCGAAGGAUGAGGGUGUUGCCGGGCGGACGGGCCUCAGGGCGAAUAAAGGGGCGAAUAAGGAGAAAACGACAGGAGAAACGGGGAAGAAAAUAGGAGAAAACAAAGAGAAACUGGGAGAUACCGUUGGGAAAAAACUGCGGGAAAAUGAGGAGAAAAUGGCGGUAGAAACCGGGAAGAAAAUGGGAGAAAACAAGGAAAAAAUAACAGGAAAAAUGGGGGAAAACAAAGAGAAAAUGGGAGAAAUAAUUGGGAAGAAACUACGGGAAAACGAGGAGAAAAUAAUGGGAGAAACGGGGAAAAAAGUCGGAGAAAACAAGGAGAAAGUAAUAGGAAAAAUAGGGGAAAAUAAAGAAAUUGUAACAGGAAAAAUGGGGCAGAAAAUUGGAGAAAACAAGCAGAAAAUCGGAGAAAUAAUUGGGAAAAAAUUACGGGAGAAUGAGGAGAAGACGGGAGAAACGGGAGGAAAAGUGGGAGAAAACAAGGAGAAACUAAUAGGAAAAAUGGGGGAAAAUAAAGAGAAAAUAACAGGAAAAAUGGGGGGAAAGAAGGAGAUAAUAACAGGAAAAAUGGGAGAAAAGAAGGAGAUAAUAACAGGAAAAAUGGGAGAAAACAAGGAGAAAAUUACAGGAAAAAUGGGAGAAAACAAGGAGAAAAUUACAGGAAAAAUGGGAGAAAACAAGGAGAAAAUAACAGGGAAAAUGGUGGAAAACAAGGAGAAAAUUACAGGAAAAAUGGGAGAAAACAAGGAGAAACUAACAGGGAAAAUGGGAGAAAACAAGGAGAAAACGAGAGAAAUAAUUGGGGAAAAACUACGAGAAAAUGAGGAGAAAACGACGGGAGAAAAGGAGAGAAAAAUGGGAGAAAACAAGGAGAAAACGGCGAAAAAAGUGAUCAAAAGUAAGGAGGAAACGAGGGGAGAAUUGGGAGAAAAUAAGGAAAAAGUGGGAGAAAUAAUUGGGGGAAAACGGGAGAAAAUAACGGGAGAAACGGGAGAGAAAGCGAUAGAAGAAACGGAAGAAAACGAGAAGAAAAUCAAGGAAAUUGGAGAAAAACGGGAGCAAAAAUUAUCGAUCGAAACGGGAGAAAGCGAGGAAAACAAAGUCGAUCUCGGAGAAAUCACCGAUUCUUCGGAAAAGGAAGACGUCUGGUACGAAACGGAGAAAGUCUGGUUGGUCCAGAAAGAUGGGUUCACCCUGGCAACUGAACUGAAACCCGAUGUAGGGACCCCCGAGUUACCUCCAGGGAUGGUCCGGGUUCGAGUCGAGUCCGACGGUUCCGUAUUUGAAGUUGACGAGGAACAAAUCCAGAAGACCAACCCCUCGAGGUUCGACUACGCCGAAGACUUGGCCUCUCUCGUUAGCCUUAACGAGUCGAGCGCCAUCAACACCCUCGUCCACCGCUUCCGGUCGCAGCUGGUUUACACUUAUUCCGGACCAGAUCUGAUAGCCAUCGAACCGUGGUCUUCUACAACCAACAACUCCAAGAAGGCCUCCAAAGGGAAGCGGGACGGGAUGUCUCCCCACAUCUUCUCUGUGGCGCAGAAGGCCUACUGGACCAUGCUGACCCAACGCCAGGACCAGGCCAUCAUCCCUUUGGGGAGAUCGGGGUCGGGGAAGACCACCUGUUGCCAGAACGUUCUUGAGUACCUGGUGGAGAAUGCAGGCAGUGUGGACAACCGGGUCACAGUGGAGAAGAUCCAGGCCAUGUUCACCAUCCUCCAGGCCUUCGGGGCGGUCAGCGAUGGCCGCAAUGGAGUGUCCACCCGCUUCUCGAUGGCCAUGGCGCUGGACUUCAACGCCGCAGGACGCAUCACGGCCGCCCACCUUCAGACGAUGCUUUUGGAGAGGAUUCGUGUCGCACAGCAACCGGACGGAGAGGGCAAUUUCAACGUUUUUGCCCAGAUGUUGGCCGGACUUGACCUGGACCAGAGGACCCUCCUCCACUUGCACCACGUGACGGACAGCAACUCCUUCGGAAUCCGUCCUCCUUCCACUGCGGAGGAGAGGCAGUCGGGCAAGAUGUCCUUCUCCGGCCUUCAAUCGGCCUUCAGGACGAUGGGAAUCUCGAUCCAAGAGGAAGGCGCCCUCUGCAGGGUCCUUGCCGCCAUCGUCCACCUCGGGGCCGCCGGGGCUGCCAAAGUCGGCAGGAAGCAGUUCCAGAAGUGGGAGGCGGCCAAUGAGGCAGCCGAAGCUUUGGGUUGUGAGUUCGAGGAACUCUCCUCUGCCGUCUUCAAGCAUCACCUCCGCUCCAUCAUACAACAGGCCACCGGAAAUGUCACGGAAGAAGAACCCACAAAUGGUCCCAAAUUGACGGGCGUGGAAUGCCUGGAGGGAAUGGCGGCCGGGCUCUAUGAAGAAUUGUUUGCAGCCGUUGUCUCCUUAAUCAAUAGGUCCUUCUCCUCCACGCUCCUCUCUAUGGCAUCCAUUCUGGUCCUAGAUCUCCCCGGAUUCCGCAAUCCGCGCCACCACGGGAAAGCGCGAGCAGCCUCCUUCGAAGAGUUCUGUGCAAACUAUGCUCAAGAGAGACUUCAGGCUCUUUUCUACCAACGUACCUUCACCUCCACCAUGGAAAGAUACCAAGAGGAGGGCCUUGACCCCAGCUGUGACCUCCCUGGCUCCGCCCCUUCCUCUACGGUGGCUCUUGUGGACCAAAGCCCCUCCCAGGUCUCAUUGGCUUCAGCCAGGAAAGGGGCGGAGCCUCCCAAAGGCCUUCUCUGGAUCCUGGAGGAAGAGGCGUGGCUCCCCGGUUUGAGUGACAGCCGUGCCGUCCAACGCCUUGGCUCCGCCUUCGACACCCAAGAAGGGCCGGACUUCCUCCUCAGGAAGUGUGAGCAGGAAGUGCAGUUCGAGGUCGGUCACCUGCUGGGUCACGACCCCGUCCGCUACGACGCCACUGGGUGGGUCUCCAAGGCCAAGUGGAACCUCUCAGCUGAGAACGCCGCCCAGGUCUUGCAGCAGUCGAGAAUAGAGGCCAUAAAAGAGCUUUUCCAGGGCCGGUGCAAGGUCCCCCUGGUGUGCCGGUCGGUGGCGGGCCUGGAAGGGACCUCCCAGCAGGCUUUGCAGCGGAUUGGUUGUGUGCGGAAGACCUUUGCCAGCAGCUUUGCGGCCGUGAAGAAGAAGUCGGUCUGCGCUCAGAUCAAGCUUCAGCUGGAUGCCCUCUGCAAUUUGGUGAAGCGUUCCCAGAUCCAUUUUGUCCACUGCCUUCUCCCGACAACGGAAACCGAGACCCAACCAGAUCCAACAACAUUGUGGGACAUCCCGUCCUUGCGUGUCCAGCUCUCUGGGGGCCAGAUCCUGGAUGCCUUGCGGUUUCAUCGGAUUGGAUAUGCCGACCGCAUGGCGCUGACCCAAUUCCGACGACGUUUCCAGAUCUUGGCCCAACCGCUGAUGAGGAAAUACACUUCGGCUUACGAGACGACAGACGAGAAGAAGGCUUUGGAGGAACUUCUCCGUGCCUUGGAUUUGGAGAAGAAGAGCAUCGCCUUGGGACGGACCCAGGUCUUCUUGAAGGCAGGUCUUCUCUCCAGGUUGGAAAAGCAAAGGGACAAGACGGUCUCCCCAAAUCUGUCUCUCUUCCAAGCGGCCUGCAAAGGAUUCCUCUCCCGGCAGAACUACAGGAAAUUAAAGGUCCAGCGCCUGGCCAUCCGGUGCAUCCAGAGGAACCUGCUCUCCUUCCAGAGGGUCAAGGCCUGGUCCUGGUGGGCCCUCCUGGGGAGGCUCCGGCCACUGCUGACCACCAGCCGCUCCACUGACCAGCUCCAGGCCAAAGAGGAGGAACUUUCCGCCCUGAGGAAGAAACUGGAAGACUCGAAACUCCAUCGACAGAACCUGGAAUUCCUGGAAACGAAGGUCAUUGACCUCACGGCCGAGCUGCUGGACGAGCGCUUGAAGGCCGAGGCCGCUUGCCGUGUUUUGGACGCCGAGCGGUCCGAGCGGCUGAAGGGGUCACGAGAGGUCAAGGAGCUGCAGAAUAAACACAAUGAGUUGCAGAAGAAAUUAGAAGCCGCCGAGAAACAACUGGAGGAAACUCAGCAGAAGCUCAAAUUGCGGGAACUGUCCGUCAAAAGCUCCGGAAAAGGAGAGGAAUGGCAGAUGCGCUUGGAUUGUGCCGAAACGGAGAUCGGAUUCCUCCGGAAACGGAUCGCACUUUUGGAAGAACGGCUGGAAACUGAGCAAAAAGCCAAGAAAGAGAUCGAAGAAAAGCUGUCCGGGGCGCAGUCGGCGUGUGAGGCGGCCCGCCGGGCGUCGCAACAAUUCCAGCGCAAGUGCCAGCGCCUGUCAUGUGACCUGGAGGACACACGCCUCCUGGUGGAGAGCCAGCAGAACCGCAACCACGAACUGGAGAAGAGGCAGAAGAAGUUUGACCUGCAGCUGGCCCAGGCUUUGGGGGAAUCCGCGUUCGAGAAAAGUCUCCGCGAAAAAGUGACGCAAGAAAACACCAACCUCCAGUUUCAAUUCGGGAAAAUGCAAAAAAACUUGGAGGAGAAGGAGUCUGAGAAGAGUGUCCUGGUCAAGCGGCUGGAGCGGCUGACCAAUCAGGUGGCAGAACUGUGCAGCCCAUCCAAGGGCCUUGACCCGGACAAGAUGGCCUCCCUACGGAAGCAAGUCUGGGACCUGGAAGAGAGUGCGGCCAAACGAGAGCAAGAGCUCAGCCUCCAAGCUAAGAACAUUGAACACCUGGAACAGCUACACUUGCGCCUGGAGCUGGAGAUCGAGAGGAAGCGUCACCUUCACCAGAAGGAAAUGGAAGACAAAGAGGAAGAGAUGGAUGACCUCCGGGGAGCCUGCCAGAAAAAACUGCGACAACUGGAAAUGCAAUGCGAACAGGAAGCGGAGGAGAAGCAGAGGUUGCUGGCCGAAAAGCGCGACCUGGAAGGACUUAUCGCGACCUUAUGUGAACAGGUGGGCCGCCGUGACUUUGAGGCGGAGAAGCGCCUUCGCCGGGACCUGAAGCGGAGCCGCGCCCUCCUGGCCGACGCCCAGCUCCUCCUCCAGGAAAGCUCUUCCGGGUCGGAAGCCGGGUCAACAGAGGUCAAAGGCGAGAUGGAGAAGCUGCGCAGGCAGUGGGAAGAGAGCAUGGCUCGUUGUGCGGAAGCGCAGGAAUUCUCAAAGGCGAUUAACGUUGAACUGGAAGGACUUCGUUUGGAGUUGGAGAAGGUCACCCGGAACAAGAACUUGGUGGAUGAGCAGCUCUACCAACUGCAGCACGAGAAAGCGGAUCUGCUGAAGCGCAUCGACGAGGAUCAGGAAGAUCUGAACGACCUGAUGGAGAAACACAAGGCCCUCAUCGCACAGUCUGCCAAGGAUAUUUCCCAAAUCCAGGAUCUUCAGGGUCAGCUGCAAGAUUUGAAGAAAGAGAAGCAAAACCUUCAGGAAAAACUGCAGGCCCUGGAGUCCCGCCUGAAGGGUCCCUGGGGUGACGGGCUGGCGGAGCGGUCGAUCGUGAGCCGCCAGGAGGCCCUGAUCCGUGAGCAGGAGAACAAGGCCGCCUUCCAGAGCGUCCAGGUCAAGCGCCUCGAGAUGCUGGUCCUGCGCUUGCGGGAGAGCCUGAUCCGGGUGGGAGAAGAGGCGGAGCGAGGGAAGGAGAGCGAGCGGAGGGAGAAGGAGAACGCGGAGUACGCGUGGAGGCGCAUGGAGGAGAUGAAGGCCCAGAUGCAGGAGCUGCAAGAUCGGGAGAACCAGGCCCAGCACACACGGGUCCAGCUGGAGAAGCAAGUGGACGAAUUAUCGGCAGUGAGGCAGACGCUUCAAGCAGACCUGGAGACGGCCAUUCGGCGCAUUGCGGAUUUGCAGGCCGCUCUGGAAGAAGUGAGAUCGAGCGACGAAGAUGAAAGCGAUACGGAAAGCGUCCACACGGCCAGGGAAUCGCUGACCUCCAGGAUGGACACGGAGAGCGUGGGAUCCUCUUCGAUCAGCGUCCACUCCUGGCGGUCAACCUGGAGUGACCUCAGCAAAGAUCCGGAAAGGAGAUCCGUCGCUAGCAUUUGCACGGGGAAAAUUGGUGCAAACGUGCAAAGAGAAGGAGGGGAAUCGUGCAAAUCGCCCCGCUCUGCCUCUUCGUUCGCUCUUUCCGAAUACGUCGAGGAAUUGCGCCGGAAAAGGUUGAAAGAGGAAGAACUGGGGGACCCCGGCCCCAAUUUGCCCAUUUAUCAGACCACCGGAGCCUCCGUUUUGAGAAGGAGCCGCCCCGUGCAAGGGAACGACGACUCGUGCGAAGCCCUUGUGCGAAACGUGCAAGGCGAGGCGGCCGCUUCGUUGCAAGCGAAACCCUGGAAGAGUUCGUUGGAGGAGAUCAGAGAAGUGGAGAAACCCAAACCGGCGUUGAAAUUCGGCUCGUGCGAAUCCCUCGUGCGAGACGUGCAAAACGUGCAAAACGAGGCGGCCGCUUCCGUGCAAGCCAAGCCAUGGAAGAGUUCACUAGAAGAAAUUAGAGAAUUGGAUAAACCAAUAUACUCGUGCAAAUCCCUCGUGCGAGACGUGCAAAACGUGCAAAACGUGCAAAAUGAGGCGGCCACUUCCGUGCAAGCCAAACCAUGGAAGAGUUCAUUGGAAGAAAUUAGAGAAUUUCAGAAUCCGAUAUUCAACUCGUGCAAAUCCCUCGUGCGAGACGUGCAAAACGUGCAAAACGUGCAAAACGAGGCUGCCACUUCCGUGCAAGCCAAACCAGGGAAGAGUUCACUAGAAGAAAUAAGGGAAUUUCAAAAUCCGAUAUUCAACUCGUGCAAAUCCCUUGUGCGAGACGUGCAAAACGUGCAAAACGAGGCGGCCGCUUCUGUGCAAACCAAACCAUGGAGAAGUUCAUUGGAAGAAAUUAGAGAAUUUGAUCAACCAAUAUAUGGCCCGUGCAAAUCCCUCGUGCGAGACAUGCAAAACGUGCAAAACGAGGCGGCUGCUUCCGUGCAAACCAAACCAUGGAAAAGUUCAUUGGAAGAAAUAAGGGAAUCUCAGAAUCCGAUGUUCAACUCGUGCAAAUCCCUCGUGCGAGACGUGCAAAACGUGCAAAACGUGCAAAACGAGGCGGCCGCUUCCGUGCAAACCAAACCAUGGAGGAGUUCAUUGGAAGAAAUUAGAGAAUUGGAUCAACCAAUAUACGGCCCGUGCAAAUCCCUCGUGCGAGACGUGCAAAACGUGCAAAACGAGGCGGCCGCUUCCGUGCAAACCAAACCGUGGAAAAGUUCAUUGGAAGAAAUAAGGGAAUCUCAGAAUCCGACGUUCGACUCGUGCAAAUCCCUCGUGCGAGGCGAAGAAAUGACCGGGUUGGUGGGGACGAAGCCCUUGGUCUUCCAAAGCCGGCGCUUCGGGCGGGAGGCGGACCCCCGCGACGACUUCCCUCCGGCCAUCCGGACGCCGUCCAGGAGCCCCCGGAGGGACGGUCAGCGGCCCAUGAGCGUCCACUUCGAGGACGAGGUCAAGGCCAUGUUGGGGCCCAAGGACGACGACGACGCGGGCUCCUCCUCCUCCUCCUCCUCCUCCUCGUCCGGGUCCGUGGUGUCCUUCAAGGGUCAAGCGUCCAGGGCUGACCACCGGUCGGAGGCCGAAGGGAAAGAGGAUGACGUCCACAGCAUCAUGAGGAAGUACCUGGGCAAGGAGUGAGGAAAUAAUAAUAAAAAUAAUAAAAUAAAGAACCCAGAACGAAGCGCAUUCAAAACGUACGGAUUUCGAAGCCCAUCCCUUGCGAUUGUGGUGUUUUUUGCACGGAUGUUGUUGGUGUGUUUGUGAACGAGAGACAAAGAGACCGAGAGAACGAGACCUCCGCCAACUCUCUUUGUUUUAUACAAAAUAAAAUUUAAAAUAAAAUGAAUUUUAAAACCA